GUAUCCGAGACUCUGGGUACUGCGAAGAAGGGCUUCCGACCAGGAAGUAGCUUCGGACGUGGGCGGCCUUUCGUCUGUACCCGCGGCGUUUGGAGAGGUACUGGUUCAGGUCCUGGGUCCCCAGGAGCAAGAGAGGUCAAGGGAAGGAAUGAGGGAAGAAAGAGGAAGUUCUUGGACUUGGCUAUCAUUGCUUCUGGGGAGAACUUCGAGGGGACACCAAGAUUUCUGACUCUAAGAACUUCGUGGCAGAUGCAGGAGACACCAAAGUCAUAGAAUCCAUGUUACUGCUUCCUGAGCAUAGAAGAAAAUGAUCAAGGCCCAGGAAUUACUGACACUGGAGGACGUGGCUGUGGACUUCUCCCGGGAGGAGUGGCAGCUCCUGGCCCCCGCCCAGAAGGACUUGUACCGGGAUGUGAUGUUGGAGAACUACAGGAACCUGGUGUCAGUGGGGUGUCAAGCUACCAAACGAGGUGCACUCUCUGUGUUGGAACACAGAGACGGAGCAUGGAUGAAAGCAGAGGAUGAAAUCCAGGAUAGAACCCGUGCAGGAAUUGGGAAGGUUGACAGUCAUCUGCAAGAGCACUCUCAAAACCACAGAUUUCUGAAGAGCCUUCAACAAUAUGGAGAACAGAGCACAUUUAGAAAUGCUGUUCACCUGAGCGAAUUACAUUUUGCCUUAACACAAAAUCAUGUGUUUGACUUAUGUAGAAAAGCUUUGAAAUCAAGUUUAAGUUUAGUUAACCAGAAGAGAAGAUAUGAAAAAGAGAAAGCCGAUGACUCUAAUGGAGACGAGAAAUCUUUUCUACGUGGUAAUCAUGAACGUUUGUAUACUGGAAUUGAAUUCCCCGAAUGUGCGAAACACGUCAGCACUAAAUUCCAAGUCUUUAAGCAUCGGAGGACUCCUGACACGGAGAACUCCCAAGCAUGCAUCGAAGGUGAGAGAACGUGCAUCAGGAGGUCCCGGCUCCUUUACCGUGAGGGCGGUCGCGGAGGAGAGAAGCCCCGCGGGUGUGAUCCGUGUGGGAGAUCCUUCUCCAGAAAUGUCACGUUCACUAAGCAUCAGAAAACUCCCGCACCAGACAGAGUCUGUUUGGCCAACGACUGCAGAAGAGGCGCUAGCGCGAAGGGCAGCCUUGCUGUGCCUCAGCAAACCCGUACGGCAGAGCGGUCCUACACGUGUGGCGAGUGUGGAAAAGGCUUCGCCAUGAAGCGCUAUCUGAUCGCACAUCAGCGAACUCACAGUGGAGAGAAACCUUACGUCUGUGACGAAUGUGGAAAAGGCUUCACCGUGAAGAGCAACCUCGUUGUGCAUCAGCGAACUCACACAGGGGAGAGACCCUACAUGUGCACUGAAUGUGGAAAAGGCUUCACCAUGAAGCGUUACCUUGUUGUACAUCAGCGAACUCAUACCGGAGAGAAACCGUAUACAUGCGGCGAAUGUGGAAAAGGCUUCACUGUGAAGAGUAAUCUCAUUGUGCACCAGCGAUCUCAUACUGGCGAAAAAUCUUACAUGUGCUCUGAGUGUGGAAAAGGCUUCACCACAAAGCGCACCCUCGUUAUACAUCAGCGAACUCACACAGGAGAGAAAUCUUACCUAUGUAAUGAAUGCGGAAAAGGCUUCACCACAAAGCGCACCCUCGUUAUACAUCGGCGAACUCAUACAGGUGAGAGACCCUAUGAAUGCAGGGAGUGUGGUAAAGCCUUCAGCCAGAAGAUCUGCCUCAUACAACAUGAGAGGUGUCAUACAGGAAAGACUCCCUUUGUGUGUGCUGAGUGUGGCAAAUCCUACUCUCACAAAUACGGUCUCGUUACGCAUCAGAGAAUUCACACGGGGGAGAAACCCUAUGAGUGCAGUGAAUGUGGGAAAGCCUUCACCACAAAGUCAGUACUCAACGUCCAUCAAAGAACUCACACAGGAGAGCGACCCUACGGAUGCAGCGAUUGUGAGAAAGCCUUCUCGCACUUGUCAAACCUUGUUAAACAUAAGAAAAUGCACACGAGAGAAACAGGUAGAUUCAGUCAGGUUGGAAAUUCCUUUAACACAGAGUCGGGGCUCAUUACUUAACGAGUGAACUCGUGCAAAACAAAAGCCCUUUGAAUGUGAUGCCUUCUGUGGCAACCAAGACUUCGUUAAACAUCACUGUUUCCAGCAGAUUGGAAUG